UAAGACGACGUCAUCAGAGGAGGAGGAGCUUGGAGAUAGCGCCGCGCCUGCUGCAGUAGCAACCGGGUUGGGCAGAGGGGAGUGUCCGCCUCCAGCGGGUCAGCUGAGCGGGUAGCUCGACCGAGUCUGGGACCCGGGCAGGCAGCCCGCAUCGUCGUGCUGGGAGGGACGCGCUGACAGGCCAAAGCUGCUGGCUUUGGGUGUUGUUGUUGGUGAACCUUUUUUAUGACCUUAGUGGGCAUUAUUCUAAUCAGUCAUGGAGUACAAUACAGGUACUGCUGGGGACCCGAACCAGUUAGCACAGCGUAUAACAUCAAACAUCCAGAAAAUCACACAAUGCACUGCAGAAAUACAAAGAGUACUGAAUCAACUUGGAACUCCACAAGACACACAUGAAUUGCGGCAACAGCUGCAGCAGAAGCAGCAGUACACAAACCAACUUGCCAAAGAGACAGACAAAUAUAUUAAAGAGUUUGGUUCUCUGCCUUCAAUAAGUGAACAGCGUCAGAGAAAAAUACAAAAGGACCGACUUGUGAAUGAGUUCACUACAGCACUGACAAACUUCCAGCGGGUUCAGAGACAAGCUGCUGAGAAAGAAAGAGAAUUUGUAGCCAGAGUGCGAGCCAGCUCUAGGGUAUCAGGUGGUGCCCCAGAGGAAAGCUACAAAGAAGGAACACUUGUGUCCUGGGACAGCCAACCUCAGACCCAAGUAUUAGAUGAAGAAAUCACAGAAGAUGACCUUCGUCUUAUUGAGGAGAGAGAGUCUGCCAUCAGGCAGCUUGAGGCAGACAUUCUGGAUAUCAAUGAAAUAUUUAAAGAUCUGGGUAUGAUGAUUCAUGAACAAGGAGAUGUAAUAGAUAGCAUAGAAGCCAAUGUAGAAACAGCUGAAGUCCAUGUUCAGCAAGCAAAUCAGCAAUUGUCCAGAGCAGCAGACUACCAGCGCAAGUCCCGCAAGAAAAUAUGUAUUCUCGUUGUUGCACUUGUUGUAGGAGCCACCAUCCUUUGCCUAAUCAUCUGGGGAGCAAUAAAAGCCUCGUGAUAUGCUAAAUUAUGCAGUAAAGUUUCCAGUCAUGUCUCAUUGUGAAGCUGUUCAUUAAAUUAUGUGUCCAUCUUUAUAACCUGCUUUAUCACAAAAUGCAUUUUAACCCAAGAGUGCUUUUCCCUCAGCUUGUGUAGUAUGAUUAAUUUGAAUUUGUUGCAGUGAUGUAACUUGCCAAUACUUGAUCAAGCUGUAGGCAACUUAUUAUAUGGUGCUUACUACUUUUCUCUUUACCUCCAGGUGUUAUUACAUAGGUUGGUGCAGUAAUGACCUAUUGAUCAAGCAGGGCAGGCUUUCGCUCACAUGUAGAGUCUUGCAAGAUCAUUCAGCUGCACCCCUUUAAGGCCUCACAAAGGUGCUUGUGAGCAGGGUACAAGUUGUCACACUCCAAUUUUAGCUUCACCUUUACUCACAACUUUCUAGGAUCAAGUUAAUUUACUGGAACAAAUCAAUAAUUACUUUCAACAGCUUUCACUUUCAAUCUGUAUCUCUAAUCUAAAUGAAAUAUUACAGUGCUUCUCAUCUUUGAGAUGGCACUCACCGUCCCACUGAUUUCUUUUCAUAAACCAGUAGAAGGGUUUAUCUGCUUACUCUACUCACUCUCUGUAUAGUUCACAUCUAAUAAUCAGUUUACUGGAGGUUAAAAUCUUGUUCUGGUGUAAUCUUUCUGAAACUUUUUGGAUUAAUUCUGCAGUUUCAGUUUUGCAUAAGAAGAGUAUCCUUCUCUUCAUGUUUUCAUAUAAGAACCUGAUACUGGCUAUUGGCAAACUUGGCAAAGCCUCAUCUAACAAGAAGGGUUGUUAAUGAUAGCCUGUAUGUUUGUGCGUACCUUUAGAAGAUAAGACUUUGGAACACAUUAGAAAUUCACUAAGAUUUGCACCUUAAUUUAUGCAAGCGCUAAGUAGUUGAAGUUUAAAGUAUAUGGACAAAAUUAAUAGGUAAAGCUGUUUCACUGCAAACUUGGCUCUCCAGUCCUCUCUGAUUUGAAUCUCCAGUAAUAUACAAAUACCUAACUAGAAAUCUGUUUUUAGUUGGUUUGUGUCUUGAGGCAGCACAGCUAAAUGGGGCAGUGGGAGAUUCAUGAUCAUAGAUUUUUAUACCUGUGAAUGUCACCAGGAUCAAUAGCAGCUCAGAAGAGGGAAGCCAUUUAGACUGGGAAUACAGCAUGGGGGGGAAAUUGACCUUGUACAAUUCUGUAGCCUCAGUCUGAAGAAGGGCUCUGCCUCUCCAUUUACCUUUAAACAAGAGGAGAUCUGGUGAUGGAUUUUACCACCAUCUCUGCUAAUUUGACCUUCAGAUUCCUGUAUAUAGUGGCAAUCAGCAAAACUUCUGAGUUUAAUGCUACUUGAAUUUCAAUGAGGUCGGGGGGGAAAAUUAAACCCUGUUUGUGGUUUUUAUCAAAGUGAUUGAUCCUCUUUCUCUCAUUGUAAGUGCUUGAGUCCUGAAUGGCUUUUGGAAAGUUUUAACUUCCAAUCAAUUCAGUUAAACUGAAUUAUCUCAAGUUUUGAGGGUUUUUAAAAAAAACAAACUGAUUUUUUUGUUCCAUUUUGUAGUAAUAUAUAUUGGAAAAGUUAUGCAUUGUUAUCUGCCAACUAAUCAGUUUUAAGUGAUAUGUUAUUGAACUAAUUAAAAUAUACUGUACAAAUGUUCUCUCUGGCUUAUACAUUUUUGUAUGCAAUUUGAUAGAGAAGCAAUGUUUACAUGAUAAGCUCUGAGACUUGUAAUUUGGGGAGAACUAAAAGUAUCUACAAGCUAAAUUUGGAUUUCAUCAUCUAAAUAAAGGUAGUUCUGAAAGUGAA